CCUGACGGUGUUAUUGCUUUUCACUGCGCUGCCUCUGGCGAGUGAAAAAGCACUCUUGAUGCGAAAUAUUAACAAAUCACGACCAUCAGCGUUGAGUAUGUGGAGCUAAAAAAACAACGCCCACACUGCAUCGCUUUUUGACCGCACUUGAAGAGCCCCGAUAAUGUCAUUACAGUUGGAGGAGGGGCUGUGAAAUCUUAAUCAAUGAUCCUUCGACAGCUGGUGUCAAGGGGGCUGGUACCUCAACUGCGUGGCGGAAUAAGUAGCGUCUCGAGCAGAAAGAAGCUGUUAGUUGAGAUGGCACGACCUAGCUCAGACCUGGCGGAAUUUCGGAAGGUCUUUUCCGAAGCCAAGCACGUGGUGAUCCUGACGGGGGCGGGGGUGAGCGCGGAGAGCGGGGUGCCCACGUUCCGGGGUGCAGGCGGGUACUGGAGGACGUGGCAGGCGCAGGACCUAGCCACGCCCGUGGCCUUCUCGCGGAACCCGUCGCGCGUGUGGGAGUUCUACCACUACCGGCGCGAGGUGAUGCUGACCAAGAGCCCGAACGCGGCGCACCUGGCCAUCGCCGAGUGCGAGGCGCGGCUGAGCCGGCAGGGCCGGGCGGUGACCGUGAUCACGCAGAACAUCGACGAGCUGCACCGCCGCGCCGGGUCCCGGCACAUCAUGGAGAUCCACGGAAGUCUCUUCAAGACCCGCUGUACCAGCUGUGGGAACGUAGCCGCCAAUCACAACAGUCCGAUAUGUCCUGCUUUGGAAGGCAAAGGAGCCCCGGACCCAGACACCAUUGAUGCCCAGAUCCCCGUGGAGGACCUGCCGAGGUGUGAGGAGAGUGGCUGUAACGGACUGCUCAGGCCCAACGUGGUUUGGUUCGGGGAGACCCUGGACGCGGACAUCCUGACGCAGGUGGAGAGGGAGCUGGAGACCUGUGACCUCUGCUUGGUGGUUGGCACCUCCUCCAUCGUGUACCCGGCGGCCAUAUUUGCCCCCCAGGUCGCUGCCAGAGGUCCCGUGGCAGAGUUCAACAUGGAGGACACCCCCGCCACCAUGCGCUUCAGGUUCCAUUUCCAGGGCCCCUGCGGCACCACCCUGCCCCCCGCCCUGGCACGCCACGAGACGGAGACCAUCUGAAGGAAGCCGCCUUCUCCCCCCCCCCCCAAACGGAGAGCACUUGGUACAUCCCAACUGCCACAGGCUAGCUGGAGAGCCCUCUGGUCCACUUCCAAAAAUGGAUUUGAAGCCCUGUGUCACCUCUGUGUUUUUACUGUGUAAUUCU